CAGAACUGAACUGACUCACUUCAGCACUGACCCCAGGUCCACAUAUGGGAAGGACCUGCCUGAAGGACUCCACUGUGCUGACUGUGUUCCGUCUCCAAGAGCACAGAAGAAAAAUUUAUCACUCAGUUCUUAUCAUUACAUGUACUGUUACACAGCUUUUAAAAUAUAUUUAAAUCACAAAAACCUGUUAUUGCUUAAGGUUUUAUCUGUAGUGUAUGAGUUAUUUGUCAAUUAUUUGUCAGAUUUGAGACUUCUGGCUUAGCGAUCAAUGGAGUAAGAAGUGACUUUGGGAGCUCCUGCAACAUUCACUAACUUUUUUACUUUUGUCACAUUUUUAGACCAUCUCUUGGUGUGAGUUUUUUUUUCCUUUUCUUCCCAACGCAUAACUUUCGACGUAUUACCUUCCAAAAUGCCUCCUAAGCCGAAACCCGGGAGCAAUUUACCUCCACAACGGCCUGCCGCGAAUACUGCAUCCCCGCCACAUAGUGGCCAUGCAGGCCCCGACAGAGGCACCACCCCCCCGGCAGAUAUUGCUAGCUCCGGUUUUAAGGACGAGGUGCUCCGCUCCCUGCGCAGCGAGAUGGCUGCUAUUUUCAAGACUGAGCUUCAUACAGCUCUGAGCGAGAAGUUAUCUUCUAUCACGACGGAGCUUCAGGCGGUGAAGUCGGAGUUAUAUCUAAGUAUAACCAAGAUCCAGUCGCUCUAAAGUGCACCGUAGGCGAAAUGGAAACUUCCCUCUCCACUUGUACUGACGACGUUGCCGAACUCCAGACUAAAGUGGACCUUUUGUCAGCCGAACUCGCAAGGUUGGAUAAUAAAUGUGAGGAUCUUGAGGCAAGAUCCCGGCGUAAUAAUAUAAGGAUCCUGGGUAUUCCGUCUCUGCUCCGCUCAAGGAGGCAUUCAAACUUGACAAAGAGCCUCUCCUGGACCGCUCUCAUCGUAGUCUUCAACCGAAGCCGAGACCCGGUGACCGCCCUUGCCCUAUAAUCGCUCGUCUGCACUAUCAUGAGGACUGUGUAGACAUCCUGCGGCGCACCAGAGCCCAACUGCGGAUCAAGAUUGGUGACAUGGCUUUUUCUGUCUUCCCCAACCACACAGCGAAAACCGCCCGGGCUCGAGCUGCUUUUAACGACGUUCGUCGCCAGCUCGGCGAGAUACCAGGGAUUAGUUUUGGACUGUUUUACCCGGCGCGCCUCCGUAUUACGCACAAAGGUGCCGAGAGGGAGUUCCCAUUGCCAGAAAAUGCCAGGGCGUUCAUCACAACACUGACCAAGUAAGAGGAGUGUCAAAAGAGUAAUAAUGCUGAUGUUGCAACCUACCUCUUGAUGGUCACUCGCUAAUUAUCUGAUUUUCACACCAAGUUAUAUGACGUUAAAGUGGACUUGUUUAUCUGUGCCUUAAUGUUUAUCAUUGAUAAGUUUGCAGGAGCCCAAGCUUAACUAGUUCUGUUAGGUCAAAGCUGUAACUAUGUUUCUUACUGAUUCGACUCUCUGUGAGUCAGCACUGGGUUCUCCAUCGUUUGGGGAUGGGGUCGUUGUAAGUGCUUUGGGGUGGGAGGGAGGGAGUGAGGGCGGACGUUGUUUGCUUUUUUGGCUGUUGUGUCCACCUUGUGUUUACUUUAAUUUUCUGUCAUGCCCUUUUUUUUCUUCUUUUUUUAUUUUACUCCUUCUUUAAUUUUUUAUUUUUUUGCUGGGUGUGGGGCUCAUUGUCUUUCUAUAUCUUAGCAUCUAACAAAUGACUGCUGAUACUAGUAAUUCGUGAAUCCCACACUUUGGAUCCUCCGUGAGGUUUGUGAGCUGGAAUAUUAAAGGUAUGGGGAACCCUAUUAAGAGUUUGAAAGUAUUUGCUCAUUUGAGACGACUAACACCUGAUUUAGUGUUUCUACAGGAGACUCACAUGCGCACUAAGGACCAGGUCAUACUAAAAUGCCCCUGGGUUUCUGAGGUAUAUCAUUCAAAUUUAAACUCUAAAGCCAGAGGGGUUGCCAUUUUAAUUGGUAAUAAAAUUCAAUUCUCAGCUUCCAAAAUUAUUUCUGAUAUGAACGGCAGAUAUUUAAUCAUUUCAAGUAGACUUUCUCAUGUUCCCAUUUUACUGGUAAAUAUCUACGGCCCCAAUUUCGAGGACCCACACUUUAUGAAUAAACUAUUUGAGCGCCUCCCUUCGUUGAACAACUCCCUACUUGUAUUUGGUGGCGACAUGAACUAUGUAAUUGACCCCAAACUUGAACGCUCUAGUCCCCGUUCCCUGACCCCAUCGUUAAUGUCAAGGGCAAUUUCUGAUUUUAUGUCAAAAAUGGUUGCAUUGAUCCUUCGUUAUUCUUUAACCCCCAUUUAAAAGAAUACUCCUUCUUCUCACCAGUGCGUCAGUCCUUUUCUCGGAUAGAUUAUUAUUUCAUUGAUGCCAAACUGAUUUCCAAAGUGAAAGCUGCUAAAUAUCAUCCUAUUGUUAUUUCUGACCAUGCCCCUCUCUCUCUGGAUAUUCAGUUCUCCCCUCAACCAUAGGUACUGAAUUUGAUUUCAUCACAACCACUGAUGCGGAGUGUCUGCUUUUGCGCUCACGCUCUGCAUACUACGAACAUGGGGAUAAGGCAGGUCGACUCCUGGCUCACCAGCUACGCCGCAAGGGAGCCUCACGUGUAAUUGCUCAGAUGAAAGAUUUGUCUGGCAAGUUGCAUACGGUCCCUACUUACAUUAACUCGUUUUUUUACUCUUUCUAUUCUUCUUUAUAUGAGUCAGAGUCACCAUCCGACCCCACCGAAACUAAUUAAUAAGACAGUCUCAAUUUCCCUGUAAUAAAUUCAGAUGUUGCCAAAGAACUCGACUCACCAUUAACUUUAGAGGAAAUCACUUGCGCUAUGAAAAGCAUGCAAAAUAAUAAAGCUCCUGGCCCUGACGGAUACCCAGUUGAAUUUUUUCAAAGAUUUCAGCAUAAACUGGCCCCUCUGUUGCAUUCUGUUUACAUUGAAUCUUUACAGAAUGGCUCUCUCCCUCCUACUUUCAGGCAAGCCUCAAUAAGUCUGCUUCUAAAGAAAGACAAAGACCCUAAGCUCUGCAGCUCAUACAGACCUCUCUCGUUAAUAAAUGUGGAUGCUAAGAUUCUUGCUAAGGCUCUGGACCAUCUCUCCACUAUUGUUUCAGAGGAACAAACUGUAUUCAUAAAAGGAUGCCAGCUGUUCUAUAAUGUACGCAUCCUCUUAAAUAUUAUUUAUUCUAAAAGCACCACAACAGUACCUGAACUCGUGAUCUCUGUUGACGCCGAAAAAGUUUUCGACAGGGUCGAAUGGGACUUGCUUGCUGUGUUGAACAAAUUUGGUAUGGGUACCCUAUUCAAUUCAUGGAUACGCCUGCUUUAUACAGCCCCACAAGCCAGCAUCACCACCAGUGGCAUUCAAUCCAGCUUUUUUACUUUGUCUCAUGGCACUCGGCAGGGAUGUCCCUUGUCCCCUUUAUUAUUUGCCCUAGCAAUAGAACCCCUCUCAAUCUAUCUUAGGUCCUCUCCCAUUUUCACCGGGAUAUCAAGGUCGGACAUGGUAUUUAAGCUUUCUCCUUACGCGGAUGACCUAUUACUGUAUGUCUCGGACCCAGAUCGCUCUAUACCAGCCAUCCUAUCCUAUCUUAAGACAUUUGGUUCAUUAACAGGGUAUAAAGUGAAUAUUUCUAAGACUGAAUGCUAUCCUAUUAAUGCUUCUGCACUACAACUUAAUCAGGCUAAUAUUCCUUUUAAGUUGUGCCCAUCUGGCUUCAAGUAUCUGGGGAUCAAUGUAACAAGAACAUUAAAGUCUCUUUUCUGCCAACUUCUCCCCCCUUCUGUCCAAAAUCAAAUCUAAGAUGGAGAAGUUUACCUUUGUCUUUGAUUGGAAGAAUUAAUAGUGAAAAUUAACAUUCUGCCAAAAUUUCAGUUUUUGUUUCGCUGUCUCCCCCUAUUUUCGCACUCACCGACUCCACCUUCUCGUGUAUGGCAAGGUAAAGGCCUGACAUUUUUUAAAGACCUGUAUAGAAAUGGUAUUUUCCGUAGCUUUACAGACCUGUCAUGUGUACAUCACCUCCCUCCCCCUCAUUUAUUUCGCUAUUUUCAAAUCAGACACUGUGUCAAAUCGCUAUUUCCAACCAUCACCUCCAUACCAGCGAUUCAGUUGUGGGAGGAGUUUCUCUGUUUCAACCGCUUUCAAAAAUCUCUAAUUUCUAAAACAUAUAACAAACUCCUGUCCUAUGACAGUUCACCAACCAUCAAGGCCAAGUCAGCCUGGGAACGGGAACUGGGGCUGAACUUGCCCUUUGUUAUCUCGCUUUUGGCAAAACUACUUUGAUACAAUGUCAAAAAUGCUUUGGAUGACAGUAAGUGUCUCUCCCCAUAUUGCUAUAUUUGGGAUUCCUGAAAAUCACAACCGAUAUACUUCCAAGCACUUAGACGUUUUAGCCUUCACCUCUUUACUGGCAAGACGGCAUCUUCUCCUUAAAUGGAAGUCCACUAAAGCUCCCUCCAGCUUUCAAUGGCUCAGUGAUGUCAUGUCUUUCCUCAAGUUAGAGAAGAUUAAAUAUUCAGUCCAAGGUAACAGACAAGUUUUACAACAAGUGGCGAUCCUUCUUAACAUUCUUCAAUUCUCUUUGUUCUCUGUCUCCUGACUGAUAGGCCCCAACCCACCAGCCACCUUUUCUGUUUUUUUAAUUAUUAUUAUUAUAAGUAUUAUUAUUUUAUUUUUUUAUUAUGAUGAUUAUUAUAAUUUGGUUAUUCCUUCCUGUAAUAUAUAAAAGAAAGAAAAGUCAGAAAUUAUGGCAUUUGUAUUGACUCACUGUCAAGUUGUCAUUUC